GUCAAGUGGCUAGUGGCUGGGCGGUGCAUGUUUACUUUCCAGGAAGGAGCUCGAAAUGCACUCCAUACUAGGCUAGUCUGGGUUAGCCUGAUAUCUCCGCCUCAGUCAACUUUCAUUCAGUCGACAAGUCCAAGAUGCAGAUGUCAGUUGCAUCAAUUGAUGGCUUCAAGUUUCAAUAACUUCGUGUUCAAUAGCUCAAAAUGCCUUUGCGGCCUUAGAUGAUGUCACAGUCACUGCAAUCAAAUGUGCCCGUCAGUUCUUUCAGCAAGAAAGAUGGCAGAUGCAAACGGAGCCCUUUUCCUGAUCUCUACUGCCUCCUCUCUUCCCUUCAUCCCACCCUUGACUCUAUCCUCGAGACUGUGCGAUGCUCCUACUUCGCUCAAGCAUCCGAGUCAGGUCCUGUACUGCGUUAGCUUGCUCUUUCAAGGUCUUGCGUAGCGAGAUGGCCAACAUCUCCCCUAAACAAAAGCGCCCGCGCCUCGACUACGAAAGCUACUUUGCUACCGAAGAAAUGGAAAAAGCAAAAAAGAGCAUUCCCUUCCAGGAAAUGCCCUUCGAUACUACCAUUUACGUCGAGGUAGAAGGCAAGCCAGAAACCCGCAUUGGCAUAUCUGCUUUCGCCCUUGUCGACAAGUUCACGACCUCUCCAAUUAAGAUUAGCGAACUGAAGUUUGAUGCCUUGACGGCGCGCCUGGCAAAAUGUACUGAAUACUAUCUGACGCGGUUGGCGGUAUUCUAUUUGAAUACCCAUAACAACACAAUCAGAGAGCUGGUCUCGGAUAACAACGGCUUUCAAGAGGCGAUUCGUGAGAUGAUACUCCAUUCGCUCUCUACUAAAGAUGCAGACAAACCGGAAAAACCGACUUUUCUCUUUUUUGUGGUAAAUCGUAAAAACGUUGUUACUACCACGACUGCUACUGAGACUGUUGCCAAGCCCAGUAUUGCUGCUGGUGCCGACACUGGUGCUACUGCUACUACUGCUGGUACCGCUACAGGUUUUACUGGUUCUACUAGUACUGUCUCCACCGGGACUGCUACUUCUAGUACUGAUACUACUAGUACUCCAACCAAACUCGGUACCGUCACUCCUAGUCCUGCCACCACCGGUAUUACUAUCAAAUUUGGUGCUGUCACAGGUAUUGCGUCCAAAACCAACACGACUACUGGCACUACUGGCACUUUUCCUGCCAAGGCUAGUAUUACUAGUAGUAAUACUACCAUAAUUAGUCCUGCUAGUACUGCCAGCCAGGGUACUUCUGCCCCCACUAGCUAUGGUUCCUGCUGUAUAACUAAUUCCAUCAAUUAGAUUUCUUGCAGGGUCCUCAGAGAUGAUGGAUGAAUAUUUGAAUAAAUGAAAUGGAUUUUUGGAGGCGCGUGUAUAAUAGUCACACGGUAAGAAAAUGGAAGCAUGAAACAGGGCAUGAAUGCAUGUAUUUACUGCUUUAGAGCCAGAAUUAAGCGAGACAAGAUAAUUACAAUUGGGUCAAAUAGAGUGAAAUAUCGAAUAUCAGCUUGGGAGGUCAAAUUGCAUGGAGGAAAUUGUGGACCUUGGUCCCUGCGAUUGCCAAGAGGGCCACUGAGUUCAUGAUCUCGAAUCUGGGGGCAUAUAUAUAUACGAGGCUAAUUUAUUCACGUCAUCACUCAGCGUCCAAAAUGCUUUGGGUGUUACGGGAGAGGCUUAAACCCGGAGAUUACCGAUAUAAAAACGAGCACUGGCUG